GCCGCGCGACGCGCAAGUCUACACCCGCCUUAACAUUUGCGCGGGAAAUUUUGACAAUAAUAGUUUUAAUGUCAUAGACAACACAUAGUUUAUAGAAACGAACGUGCCAAAAAAGGAAUCACGACAAUAAUUUAGCUGUAAUCUAGGUUUAAUAAAAUGACGGAUGCGAAGAAUUUAGAGGUAUGCGGGAGCGUGAUGGACGGCGUGGCUGAAAAGGGUGUUUUGGAGUCGCCUACAAAGAAGGCACCCACUGAAUACACGGUGUAUGCGAUCCGUUGGCUGGUUUUGUUCAUUUUCGUAUUGUAUUCGGCGAGCAAUUCGAUGCAAUGGGUGCAGUACAGCAUUAUUCAGGACACGGUCGUCAAGUACUAUGGGGUGACGAGCAUCACGGUUUAUUGGACGUCAAUGAUCUACAUGAUCACCUACAUCCCGUUGAUUUUCCCCGCUAGUUAUCUCUUGGAUAAAACUGGUCUACGCGUGACGACAAUCAUCGGAUCGCUGGGAACAUGCGCGGGCGCAUGGCUGAAGGUGUUCUCUGUACCACAGGAUAUGUUCUGGCUCGGCUUCGCUGGACAGACUGUUGUGGCUAUCUCUCAGGUUUUCAUCCUGAACGUGCCGCCCCGACUGGCUGCGGUAUGGUUUGGAGCUGACCAAGUGUCCUCCGCUUGCAGCAUUGGAGUUUUUGGAAAUCAGCUGGGAGUCGCGCUUGGCUUUCUCCUGCCACCAAUGAUAGUCCGUGCUCAAGGCACCAUCGAAGAAACAUCAGAAGAUUUCAAGUUUAUGUUCUAUCUCGUCGCCGGCAUCACCAGUGUCCUUUUUGUACUGAUUGUUCUUUUUUUCAAAUCAGCCCCUGCUAGUCCUCCCUCAGCCGCAGCUGACCUCGGUGCCGCUCUGGACUCGAACUUCCUGCAGUCCCUGAAGAAACUGAUGACCAACCGCAAUUAUAUCCUUCUGCUGAUCUCAUAUGGAUUGAACGUCGGCGUGUUUUAUGCUAUAUCGACUCUACUGAAUGAAUUGGUGCUGAGAUACUAUCCUGGUGCAAACGCAGACGCCGGUCGUAUAGGUCUAGUGAUCGUCGUUGCUGGUAUGAUCGGGUCUGUGGUCUGUGGCCUCAUCCUGGACAAGACCCACCGCUUCAAGGAGACCACGCUGGCCGUAUACGCCGCUACUGUAGUUGGCAUGAUAGUGUUCACCUUCACUUUGGACUGUGGAUAUAUCUCUGUGGUUUACAUCAGCAGUAUAUUUCUGGGUUUCUUCAUGGCGGGCUAUCUUCCAGUGGGCUUCGAGUUUGCAUCUGAAGUGACUUACCCGGAGCCUGAAGGGACUACGUCCGGGAUACUUAAUGCUUGUGUACAGGUGUUCGGCAUAGUCCUAACCCUUCUCUUCGAAUGGAUGCUCGGCGAGGUAGGUGACCGUUGGGCCAAUUUGACCCUUUGCGCGAUUCUAGCCCUCGGCACCGCUAUCACAGCUGCUAUACGAUCUGACUUACGCCGUCAAGCCGCGCAGAACAAGGGUUAAUUGCCGCGAAAAUUUGAAAUGACGGGUUUUUUUUUUCUACAGAGUAUUUUCAAAGUUUAUAGUAUUGCUCAGUUUUAAAAGACAAAAAUGAAUGUAUUGACCGUUUAUAAAAUUUAAUAACUUGUGAAUUUUAUUAAAUUUUACUUCGUAACAGCUUGGCUUUGCUUAGCUGCUUUAGAAUUUUAGAUCAAAUAUUUAUAUGUAUUUUAAAUUAUGACGCUGUAUGGUAUAUGGUUAUAAUAUUAUGUCAAUAAUGCGCGGGAAAUAGGAAAAUCCACAGAGUAAAUUAAAAAAAAAAGUCUUUAGAUUAUUAGCGACAUGGAUAUUUCUACUCGAAUUUCUUAGGAUAGAGUAUGAUAUUAUAAUAGAUAUUGUAUGGACUUAAAAUAUUUAACAAUGACAAUAAAUACGUGUCUCUAUAUGUACAAGUAUAUUAUAUAAAUUAUAACGUUUUACGUAGUCGAAAGUUAUUCAAUAAUAAAUAACGAAGUUUAUACAUUUACGAUUUAUCGUUAAGAAAUUGUAUUUUUCUGAAAUAGUCGCUGUUUUCGAUGUUGUUAAAUGUGAUAAAAAAUUACUUAGCUUGUUAAAACAAGACAAUAUUAUAAUAUUUUAUCGAAUAAUACAGUUUUAAGAAAAUUCAGUAAUAUUUCUGCCGCGAUAACUAAGAAUGCAGUAAUCGCAAAAUGGCGGUUUUGAGAUAAACGCGGGAAAGACAUUUUUACAUAUUUGAGGAAGAUGUUUAUAUUUUAUAGCCCUUGAAAUCUAUCAAUAAAAUUGGAAAAAAUACAAGCUUUACAAAGAUAAUUAUCUUAUAUUUCAUAAAUUAGUAUAUCCAUUAAUAAUGCGUAUUAUUGCGUUGAGGUUUAGCAUCAGGCCAUGUGAAAAUCACAGGACACUAAGUCUAAAUACAGUACUUGCGCUCAUUACUGCAUUAUGUUCUAGCGCAUGUUGAUUACUGCGUUAUUUUUUAGUAUUUGAUACAGGUUUUUAAUGUCCGGGGCUAAGUAGAUGUACACAUAAUAUCUUCUCACUUUUACACAGAUUUAAAAAAAAUGCUCUACGGUUGAAACCUACUGCGGGGAUAUUAAAAUUAAACAAUUUGUAGAAGAAAAUUAAGUUUUAUUAAGACAACAUUUAUUUUAACAUCAGUUAAACUGACAUGUACAUGACUUAAAAAACAAACAGCGCGCAGGAGCAGCACACGUGCCGCACGUCUCACUUCACCGAACGACGACGACGCAGAGAUUUGCUUCAACAAAACGCAGCACUGUAUCGUACGGUUACGAUUUCGCGAACUUUUACCUGUGCUUUUACUACACACAAAUGCAGUAAUGUGGAGAACUGCGUUUUGACGUAGCAAUUGGUCUACAGACACUAGAAUAAAAUGCUACAGUAAUGGCUAUUACUGCACUUUGUUUUAGGGUAUCUUAACAAGAACUGCAUUAUUUUUUAGCACAUGUUUAAUACGGCGCUUUUUCUUAUCAUUGAUAUAGUUUUCAUGUAAGUACUGCAAAAAUCGUUAGCUAAAAAACAUACUUCCGGGUAC